ACAGAGAGUCCGCCGCCGCGCUGCCGCAGAGGAACAUGGCAAUAACCGUGGCCACCAGCACCCUGCCGCAGAUCAGCCUCAGCGGGCUCAAAUGCGAGGAUAUCAAGAGAAAUGGCUUUCACAACCGGAGAGAGACAAAGGGCCCGGGGACUGCUGUCGCCUCCAAGCAGCCCAGGCAGGAGUCCUACGAACAGGCCCCGAUGUACGUGGCUGUCAUGACAUACCUGGGCUUCGGCAUUGUCACGCUCUUUGGCUACUUCAGGGAUUUCCUCCGAGCUGUGGGCGUGGAGAAGCGCAACAUUGCCCAGGAAAGAGAGGAACAAAAAGAUUUUGUACCACUUUAUCAAGAUUUUGAGAACUUUUACACAAGAAACCUGUACAUGAGGGUACGAGACAACUGGAACCGUCCAGUGUGCAGCCUACCAGGACCUGUCUUUGACUUGAUGGAGAGGGUUUCUGAUGACUACAACUGGACAUUCAGGUUAACUGGGAGGACAAUACACAAUGCCAUCAACAUGGGUUCCUACAACUACCUUGGUUUUGCCGAGAACAACGCUGACUUCCUGAAAACGGUAGCAGCCAAAACGCAGCAGUAUGGAGUUGGGGUUUGCAGCACAAGGCAGGAACUUGGUACCCUGAGCAUCCACGAAGAGCUGGAGCAACUUGUAGCCAGUUUCCUCAAAGUGGAGUCCUCCAUGACUUUUGGGAUGGGUUUUGCCGUCAACUCAAUGAACAUUCCAGCAAUCGUUGGCAAGGGUGGUUUGAUACUGAGCGAUGAGCUCAAUCACACAUCGCUCAUCUUGGGGGCCAGACUGUCGGGAGCAACGAUUCGGGUGUUCAAGCACAACAACAUGCACAGUCUGGAGAAAAUGCUGAAAGAGGCAGUUUGCUCAGGGCAGCCACGGACCCACAGGCCCUGGAAGAAGAUCCUCAUCAUGGUGGAAGGCAUCUACAGCAUGGAGGGCUCAGUGGUGCGACUUCCUGAGAUCAUCGCUCUGAAGAAGAAGUACAAAGCCUAUCUGUACCUGGACGAGGCCCACAGCAUCGGGGCAGUGGGGCCGUCGGGGAGGGGAGUGACUGAGCUGUUCAAUGUGAACCCAUCUGAUGUGGAUGUGAUGAUGGGCACCUUCACCAAGAGCUUUGGGGCUGCUGGAGGCUAUAUCGCAGGCAAGAAGGACCUGGUGGACUACCUCCGCGGCCAUUCUCACAGCGCAGUAUACGCGGCGGCCAUGUCCCCUCCCGUCGCUGAGCAGAUCAUACGUGCCAUGAAGUGUAUCAUGGGAAGCGACGGCAGCACAGAAGGCAUUAGACGGGUCCGCCAACUGGCAGAGAACACCAGAUACUUCAGGGCCAGGUUAAAGGAGAUGGGCUUCAUCAUCUACGGCAAUGAUGACUCACCCGUGGUACCAAUCCUGCUCUACAUGCCCGGCAAAGUGGUGGCUUUUGCUCGAGAAAUGCUGGAGAGGAAAAUUGGUGUCGUGGUCGUCGGCUUCCCAGCCACUCCGAUCACAGAGGCCCGAGCUCGCUUCUGUCUGUCUGCAUCGCACAGCAGAGCCAUGCUGAACCAGGUGCUGCGCCACAUGAACGAGGUGGGAGACAACCUCUGUCUGAAGUUCUCACGACUUAAAUAUUCUUCUUGUCCUGACCUCUGUGAUGAGACAGACUUUGACUCGGGCAGCUUAUAUGACCCUUGACGCUUUCAUUUGACAGUGUCAAAACGAAGCCUAAGUGUCCAUGCCACAGCAGACCCAUAAACACACAACGCAGACUAACACCAAUGUCUCACAGCAGAAGAAGGGCCAAACGCUACGCAGCUGGUUUUUUUACAUUUUUCUAAUACAUUGCAAUUUAACGGAAUACUCAGUUUUGAAACUGAGACUCUCUAUAUGCGCUAUUAAAAUCCACUUAGUCUUAAUGCAUUGUAUUGUGAGUACACAUGAAAUUAUUGAUCAAAAGUUGCUGAAUGGGCCGCAAACUCGGGUGUAGUAUAUCUGUUUAUAUUGAGACCAAAGAACUCUCGCUUUUUUUUUUUACAGUUAUUCUAUUAAUUUAUGUUCAUGUUCAGACUUUCAAAACUUUUUUGCUUCUCCUGAUGUAGCAUCCACCUUCAUUUGUAAAAGAAAUGCUGGUUGUUAUUAUUAGAGAAUGGUACGCAGUGUUCAAAUUUGAUGGAAGGAAUCCCAUUUUCCUCCCAAGUAUGAAGUAGUCCUUUCACCCCACGGUGUAAGACUGACUAGCUGGCAUGUUGAAUCUGCUGAUUUCUAUUUUUUCUUUCAGUAAACGGCCGAUGCUGCACAUGAAAAAUGUCCUGAAUGUAUUUUUCUAAAUACAAAGAUUGAUUCAUCAUCCAGAUGACAGGCUCCUUUUGGAUCUGUCUUUUCUUGACACAUGAUUAUUUAAACAUCUCAUGACUGAACAGAUUAAGCCAAAGUUGAUGAAGGUGCCUUUGUUGCGCUCCGUAGUGAACGGUUUUUAUAAAGCUUCUCUCUUGAUCACGCUGCAAUUACGCAACUACUGUUGAAUCCAGAGAAACCCUGCACAGACUAAAAAAGGUGCUACGGCUUGUUUUGUGGCGAGACUGCUCAUAUCCACCGAGUCCUAACAGCUUAAUUGAUGAUGUUUUAAAGACCCGCUGUUCCCUUUCACACACGGACCACGCAACGGUUGUGAAGAUAAGCAUGCAGAGUAUGCAACACCUGGGCCAAAAGAAACCUAAACUAGCAAUUAGCGCCAAACUCUAAAUUCUCGUGGUAUGGGGUAAUCAUUUGAUUAACACAAGAAGGAUUAUAGAUGAAUGUGUUUUCACAAUGUGUCAGGCCGGGUCUAGUCGACACUUGUUUGCUCUCGAGACCGUACCGGGUUUCUUUUUUGUUUGUUUUGUUUCCCCCCCCCUUCGCAUAAACAACACUGAGAUGAGAUUUUGCAAUUCGGAUUGCGAUUUGCAAUCCACGGAGGGGGAAAAAAGCGGAAAACUGCGGUUGUAGAAUUCUAUUUUUAUUUUUUUUUGAAAAGGGAAUUAAAAUAAAAACUCCUUUUCCCCUAAAGGAGAAAACCAUUGAAGCUCAUUUAGUUGUGAACAUCCACAUCUGGCUCCUAUAGCCAGAGACCCUAGAAAACACUUGUUAAUAUCUGUGAUGUCAUACAAUACCGAUGCACUGUUGCGUAAAGAUCUAGGGGAGAUCUCUCAGGAUGUCUGUUAGUAAUUUGUGUUUACUUUCACCUUUUAGUCUGAAUGUGAACAUUCUUGAAUGCACUGUUGGGUAACAACAGGGAAAACGCCUGUAAAGAGAAACUCAAGACCUUCAGAAUUCAUUCACACACAGAGCCCUGUGCAUUUAAGACAUGGAGUGCUCCACUGUAGGAAUAAUGCUCUUUUAUGUUUAAGAAUAAAAUUAUGCUCAAAGAAGA